AUGGCGCUGUCAACAAUGGCCCGGACUAGACUUAGGGACAUGGGACCCUGCCACCUCAGGCAUUGGCGUCGUUUUCCGGGCCGCCACUUGCCCGAAUGGAGCGGAGGAGGCUGGCACUUGUUAGGGAGGUACAACAGGCUAGACUUAGGGACAAGGCGGCAUUCCCAGAAGCAAUUCAGAAGCCGCAGCACCCAGGGCGCACAGCAAGAGCGCAGAAGGACAGCACAAGAAGGGCGCUGCAAGCAGGGGAGCGCAGCGCUGCAAGCAGGGGGGCGCAGCGGUAAGAGAGCGCAGCACUACAAGGGGCCGGAAGAGCACAGCACUUUGAUGGCAGAGGACAAGACGGGCUGGCGGUGCCCGGUCCCUGACGAUCCUGUCGACUCUGACAUCCUCAAGGAUCACGCUACCAUCAUCAAGAGGUGCCACGCCUGUCACAACGAGUGCCUUCGCUACUCUGCAACAGGGAACGUCACCAUCUCAGGAACAAAGUUCCAUGGCACCACCCCAGGAGCCCGGGAGUCGGUUGUGGGCUUCUUCGUCUGCCAGACCUGCCCCCCUCAUCCGAAGUCGUGGCGUCACGGGAGGCCCAUGCCCUACCGCCGGCUGUGGUGCAACAAGUGCCUGAAGUUCCUCAUCCCCGGGGCGUUCAGUUUGGCCUUCAACCACAAGCCGGAUGGGUCCUGGACACAGAAUCCAAUCAGCUGUUGGCACUGCAGCACGUCGGGGAUUAACCCAGAGAUGCGGGACUGUCUGAACAGCUGCCCCAAGACCCUCUACAAUGACAUCAAAGCCCAAAAACCCAAACGCAAGCCGGUGACAGCCCCCUCAACCAGGCCUAGCAAACAACCCCGCACCUCUGAGCCCCCCAUCUUGGCCCCUUCCCUCUCGGUUGUAGACCCCGCAGCCCGCCUGCAGGAGAACUAUCAGCAGCUGGCAGCAACCGUCAAGGAGCGGGGGCUUUUCACCAGCAAGGCCCUGCCAGAGGACUUCCUCUUCUUCCUGCCUGACUUUGUGUUCAAGGGCAACGACUUCGAGCUCGUCGAACCAAGCCUUCAGAAGAAGCGUUUCCCCAAAACUGUCGUCCUGGGGUGUGCAAAAACAACCAAUGGGAACGGGGUCCUCAUGUGCACCUCCUGCUCGGAGCCCCUCUGUGUUCACGUCAGCGUGCUGGAACGGCUCGUGGACGUGACCAAGCUCAAAGCCCCUGUUAGCGAGAGAAGGCUGCCACCCAAGGAAGAGCCGCCGGCGGAAGAGCCACCUGAACAGAAGCCAAAAGCCAAGAAACAGCAGCUGUCUAAACUGGGUUUCAAGGCCACUGAGGACUACUGGGCGGUGCAGUUGGACAAGGAGAAGCGCUGGGUCCUCUGCGGGAAGACGGAGGACGGUACCUGGGCCUGUCAGAAAUGCAAAGGAGAAGGAGCGUGCAAGCAUGCCUGCGAGGUCACGGGCCUCCCCUACCUGCCUCCGGUAGUCACGAAGAGGUACUCACGAGACCCCUCGUUGGAAUGGGCCGACAUCCCCCCAGAAACUCCGCCCCCGGUCAAACCCAAGUCCAGGGAGACGACUGUGUGCGACGCCUGCCGGCCGGCACAUGCUGACGGCAUCCCGACGCACCAGUUCCAUGGCUGCAGCCACCAGGGCAGGCGCGUGCACGUUUGCACUGAAGCUUGUGCAAUUUUCCCCUGUUCCCCCAUCCCCAAAGCCCAGCUGAGCGACGAGGGAGGGCCUGUGAACCGACUGAUGCAGCGGGAGAUGCAAGAGGCCGCUGCAAAGGGCAUCUUCAGUGAGUCCUCCCCAACCUCCAACGUGGCGCCCUGUGGGGCCAGGUGGUUGCGGGAAAACCCCAAAACUGCCCCGUUCUACACUGAGGCCGACACUUCGAAGGUGGCCCUCUGCGUCUGGCGGUGCAACGCAAGUUGUUGCGUUUUGCGGCCGCACAUUGACGAGAUCUACUUCCAGCCCCCGUCUGAACUGCGUGUGAGCCACAAGGUCCUGGCACAGGAGACGAAUCUGCUCUACAAGGGCAAGACCUUCAAGCUGCUCGCUGAACGUGCUGAGGAAGAGGGUCUUCUUCGCCCUGGACGGGAGCCGCCUCUGGCCCGAGACGCCUUGACGCGCUGGUUCCAAGGCUACCUUCGCACAAUCCUGGCAACCGCACCCCGCCCUGAGCUUCCCCCACAGCCAGGCCCGAAUCAAUGGACGCCUGCCCUGCGGGAGCUGCUGCGAGAGAGCCCAGUGCUUCUGCUGGAACCCGCUGACCCUCAGACGCUUGUGGGUCGGACCUUCUGGAAGCUGUUCUCGGCGGACCAGCAGUGGUGGCGGGGGCGUGUGACCGGCUAUUCUUUGACUUCUGACAAAGGAGAGCUCUUCCCGCAUUACAAGGUCGAGUAUCCCGGGGACGAACAGCGCGAGGAUAUGACCUGGCGCGACCUCUGCAACCGGCUGAAUCCACUGGAGGAGGGUGACGAUCAGGAUUGGGGCCCGCAUCCACGUGAGUGGUCCCCCCCGGGCUGGCGAGACGGCGCCUCAAGGGUCGAGACAACGGCACCCUCUGCCGCGAACCAAGACGUUCUCGCAGACCACCAUCAGAAGCCCUGGCCCACCUGCCCCAUCUGCAAGGAGUUCCCAGAGGCCCUCUACAUCGACUGCAGGGAGGCGCACAUGAAGCACAUAUACAAAGACCCCCAUACUGGGGCCUACGUCAACGUCCUGCCCAUCAUCUACCCCUUUGCCAACAGGGUCGCAGCACUGGACAUCAACCCCUACAGAGCGGAUUGCUGCUGUCACAGGCCGAAGCAGACAAGCGACAACAGCUCCAUUAUGGGUGCUCCAAAGGUCGUAGCAGGGGCGCAGUUGCGGAAGCUCCUGAAGCAGUGGAGCGGACACAUUCCGGUGUCGAUGAAGUACGAGCGGGGGAAGAAGGAAGCAGUGCCCAUCCCUGUCCCUGAUGCCCAGCCUAAGCCUCUAAGUGUGGCGGAACGCGAGAAGCUCAGCAACCUGGCCCCAUGCGUCUACAAACUCGUCGACUACAUCGACCGCAACCACGCAAGCCUGUGCCCCAAUCCCGCGUACCGAGCCCUGUUCUACCACCUGGGCUUCCUGCACAGCGACGCCGAGCUCCUCAGGCACGGUGCUCAGGAUACGGUCGUGCAGAUCCUGAUGACUCUCAAGCUGUCCUCAGGAGCUCCGCACAUAGAGAUUGAGUGCGAGUGGGACCAGGCCCUGCAUACUUACGCCCCGUGCCUGCAGGCCGUCCUGCUCAGCGGCAAGGACGGCGAUCAGAGGCGCAAAGGGUUCCGGAAGUCUGGGGACACGUGGAAGUCCGGGGAGGUUUGGAAGGGCACCGGCUACAAGGUAAAAGCCCAGCUGCUGUACGCCCUCGCCCCGCUGCUCCAGCACCUGCUUCGCCUCUCAUUCUGGGAGACGGACUACACUGCGAAUCACCAAGCGUCCGCGCUGCUGUGCGAGGCCCUGGGGGUGGAGAGGGGCGAGAUCUGCUGGGGGUGUCUCCCUGGGGAUCGCGGGUUGCAGCGGGUGGGGAAGGACGUCUACUUCGACAGGGUGGAGGAGCUUGUUGACGAGAUCAGGGAGCUGAUGUCGGGGCCGUGCCGGGGCACCUCGGACGGGAUCCUUGCAGGGGAGGCCUACGUUGCCAACCAGCACCGGCUCAGCUCCAGCAAUGUCUACCACCGGGUAUUCCGCGACGUCCCGCAAUACGCAGGGAAGGAUAGAGCUAACGGGAAAUGCGUGGGUGGUGAGAGGGUCGUCAAGUGCAACGAGGAGACUGGCGAGACGACCAGCAAUGGCUGCCCAGAGCUGGUCUCAGACGAGGUGCCAGUGAAGGGGGUUCGGCGGCAGAAGGGGGACAGAAGUGACACGGAUGGGGUGAUGUUAGUCACGUGCAAGCAUUGCUUCGUCUACUAUUACCACGUCCUUCUCCGCCACGAGUCUCUGCGUGACGUCUUCACCUUCCUCGUCACCCGCUUCCAGCACCGGCCUCCCAAUUUUAUCAUCUACGACAACGCUUGUGAAUUUGCUCGCUACUGCAGAGCGCGCUGGCCAGAGUUCUUUGCUCACACCAUGUUCUUGACCGACAACUUUCACGGUGUCACCCACAAGUGCUCUGACGAGUUCAAGUACCAUGUACACCUUCUGGACAAGGGCCGCGAGUUCCAGGGACUCCCCAAUACGUCCGUCCCCGAGCAGAUCAACAGUCUCAUGAAGCGCUUUGACAGCACACAAGCUGCCUCCACCAUCACCAACGCCAUGCUGGUGUACGACUACUUCAUCUACCGGCACAACAUGAAGCUGCAUGCAGAGUGGUUGGCAAAGCGCUGGGCACAAGGAUCAAUAGCCGUCUAG